AUGGGUUGUGGAGCAUCUAAAGCGGGUCCUUGUGCUUUCGUUCAAGUUCCCUGCAACGGUAAGGCAAGGGAAAAGACUUAAAGCUUUUUUUUUAAACUGCUCGAGGUUUUUUGGGCGUCUUCCACUUAAUGCAAGCUUGUGUCGUACAUGUAAGCUUACCACUUCCGAUGAAGACUUCAGACUUUUUCAUUCACAAUUAACAUAAUCAAAAUUGCUUAAUCAAUGUGAAAGUUGGUCUUUUCAAGUGGAAAGAGAGUAUUUUUUUUUCUUACAUCAGAAAAGCAUCAAAAUACGCCCGAAAGAAGACAAGACAUAUAUUUGUUUUUACCACAGUUUUGAAGUUCAACAAAGAUUCAGACGCCGAGUAAAAAAUUUCCGAGUAAAGAAACACAGAAAAAGAUAAAAACUGUGAUUUGUGUUCUCUAGGUUUUCUGUAAGUAUUAGCCUCAUAAAGUAUUUCUUGCUUUACAGGUAAAAGUCCAAGCAGGUUGAACAGCACAACUGCGAAAAACAGGAAAGCGUGUAAACCCUUCCCAAAAACAACCAAGGCAGCAGAGUUAAGAAGACAAGCCAAUGAAGCUAAACUUAGUAAGUUAAACAAAACAGUUGCUCAUUUAACUCCUAACAACUAUUUAGUUUUUUGUAAUUUUUUAGAUAAACGAGAAACUUUUCGCAAUACUUUUAUAUUUGUGUAUGAAAUAUAUCGUCAUGUUAAUUUAUUUGUAUAAGUUUCCUUGCCUUAUUCUUCUCUGGGUUAUAAUUUCAAAUUCUGGCUAACAGAAUCUCCGGUUAAUUUUCGUAAUAUUUUAAACUCAUUGCUGCCAUUCUGCAACCCUUUAGAACUGAUUUCAAUCACUUUCUGAUUAAAUCAAGCCCAUGGGCUAUGGUUGAUUUUGUAUUUUAACGUGAGGAAAAGUGAACCUAUUUACACAGGUUUCAGCUCAGAUGCUAUAUUGGUCUCAAAAAAGACAAACUUUGGUAUAAAUAUGAGAAACUCUAUGUGCUACUGAAGCAAAAGCUUUCUUGUAUUGGUAUUAGUCUUAAGAUGAACAUCAGGGGUGGUAGUGGGGUGACAAUAUACUACAGGAUCCUCUAUCCAGAGUCAAACCGUAAAUCCGUAAAACCCGAUACUGAAAUUAAUAUUAUGAAGUUAUGAAUAUAUGAAAAAUCAUAUAUGUGAACUGCUGAGUGGAGAAUUAUAUGAAGGAAGAUCAUCACAGUUAUAUACGCAACUUUUGAAGUUGCGAAAAGAAAGCCUGAAAAAAAUUCAGGCUUGUACGCUGCACAGGUAUCGCAGAGGUCAAGGGUUCGAAUCCCGUACAAGCCUGAAUUUUUUUCAGGCUUUCAUUUCGCAACUGCAAAAGUUGCGUAUAUAACUGCGAUGAUCUUCCUUCAUAUAAGAAAUUCAUAUUCUUACGUAAAAUUUGACAACAUACUAUCUACCCUGGGAGCAAGUUAAAAAAGAUAAAGGCGCACUUGAGCCAAAGGCCCAAACGGCCGGGGCUUAUCCCAGUUUUCUUAGCAUGAAACAUGCCCAGAAGAACUGCUACUUCCCCCUGGAAGGGAUGCUAGUCCAUCGCAGGGUUUCUCCCCGGCAGUAUGUUACCGGCCCAUUUAUACACCUGGGUGAAGAGAGACAAAGUGGAUUAAAGUUCCUUGUCUAAGGAAAGAACGCUACGGACAAGGCGUGAAUCCCGCACCUCCAGAUCCGGAUUUCGAGGAGCUAACAUACCCUAAAUAUAUACCCUUUUUAUGUUAUUUUGAUAUCAGUAUACCCUGAAAUACUGUUAACAAAAUACCAUAUAAAAGGGUCGUAAAAUAUUCCAGUGAUACAACAUGCUUAUACUGGAAUUUACUAAAGUCAACUAAACCUACAUAUCAUUAAAAAUAUUGCCGAACAAUAUUAACAAACGCUUUAGAUUGCCGUCGGUUGCAUCCAAGCGUGGACACGAGACAAAAAAAAACACGUUCUAAUAGGGUACCAGACAUGACAUGUUUUACAGUCAAACAUUUGAGGUUUGACAGCCGUUAAAGCAAACUUUCGCGCCAAAGGUAAGUUUUUGUUUUUGUUUUUGAUUAGCGCGUUCCGCUCAUGUUUCAUUUUUCUCAACUUUCAGGCAUAUUUCUCGCUCAGAAACAACACACUUGCCUCCAGAAAUUAUUCUUAACGUCUAAAAAUUCUUGCAAAGAAAAUUUUGUUGAGCGAAAACAAAUCAAGGCGAAAAUAGCCGCUACUUCAAACUUCGAAUGUUUGUUGGCAUAACAUGUCAUGCUCGCACCAAGAACAUGUUUUUUCCUCACGUGUACACGCUUAGAUGCAACCGACGGUAUUUUUUUUUUUUAGUUCAGAAGAGUUAAGUUUAUUAUAUUUAACUUAGUUUACUUUAGUUUGGUUCCAUAUUAUGCACUUUUCAUUAUUAAAUGUAAUUUUUUAGUAUGAAUUAUGUUUAUGCCAUUUUUUUUUUCAAGAAAACUCUAACGGGCUGAAUUCAAGUACCUCACUAAGGCAAACUGCGUCUAAAACCUCACGAAGUAAACGCACAACAAGUCAGGUUUCAAAGAAGGUAACAUCCAGUCCAAGAUCACCUCAACCAAAGGACAUCCGACCGAGCAGCGCCACAACGACUAAACCACAGAAGCGCCAUCUUGCCUCAAACGUGCCCCUGUCAUGUUCUCAACAACUUCAGGGGAAAACAUCAACAACUACUACUGAGGCGCGAACAGCAAGUUGCCAGUCUGUGAAAAGUCUGGAAUCAAGUGGAUUGUCCAAGACAGCAAAGAACAAUGCUCCUAACACCAAAAGUAAGGCAAAUAUUACUACUGUGACAGGACCAGCAAAUUCCCAGUCUGUGAAAAAUCUGGAAUCAAGUGAAAUUUCCAAGUCAUCAAAUGACAAUGUUCUUAACACCGCAAAUGAGGCAAGUCAACGAAUCAGCCAGCCUGCAAAGAGUCCUCAUUCAAGUCACUCUUUGAAAAAGAGUUCAUCUGAUACCACUGUUGGGGCAAAACCAACGACGAGCGGGCAUUCAAAGAGGCCAACAUCAAGUCCUACGACAGGGAACAAGCAACAGCCGACUAAAAGCUGCCAGCCUGAACGACCCAGUUCAAGUUCUUCAAUAAAAGAAAAUCUGCCUGUUAUAAAGAACAAAGUGAGGGCAACUCAAAAAUGUUCCCAGCGUACAGUGCGGCCCAAAUCGGGCCCAUCUAACGUCAAGAACAGCGCAGAGACAAAGCAAACGGGCCGAGAGCCUAAAAGACGGCCGCGAUCAAGUCCAACUUCUAAAGGUAAACAGAUUGAGGCCAACAAUGAGGAGAUCAAACGGCCCAUAUCAAGUCAUUUGGCAAAGGAGGAUAUGCCCAGGACAACCAACACAGAAAAACGAAAGAGCUCUCAGUCUCUUAAGAGCCCUGUGUCACGUCCUGCUUCUGCAGAGGGCAACUCAGCCAAGAUCGUUGAGACCUCUGAAAUCAGGCAGCACGCAGCUCAGGAAAGAAAGGCCGACCCUACCGACCAGCCCAUAGUCACUGGAGAGAUUAAGAAGGUUCUUGAGGAUGAAGACUCCCCCAAGAGAGAAGUUGUUGAGGAUAAGUUUCAGUCAAGAUCUCUGGUAAUUGAAUAUUGUACAGUUGCUUUAAUUUAUAAUAACUAUAAACAAGAAAACAAAUGGAACAUUUUCUAGUUACUUCAGUUACGAAUUGUGAAGCUCAAAAAACAAGAAUCCCUUGUGAGGGUGGGGGCAGGUUUUGUUUGCGUGUCUUUGCAUCAUAAAUUAAACCACUGUCAACUUUAGAUCAGCUCUACAGCCACAAUCAAUAGUGGAGCACUUUUUGCCAUACGCUCUCCCAUUGACGAAUAUCAGUCGAAUAGCUCCAUAGAAGUUGUAGUACCUACAACUGAAGCACAUUCGCUGAUUGUGAUCAUUGUAAGCGAACUGACAAAAAAUGCGCUUAUUUCUUUUAACAGGAGUCGUCCUCCUCGGAUGCGGAGCUAGACUAUUUUGUAGCUGACAUUAUCCAGUCACAGCUAAACCUCGUUCAAAAGGAGACAUCUCCAGAGAAGAGUCCUAAAGUUCUCAACUCACAGUCUGUUACCAUGAGCUCACCCACUGAAAGGACAGGUAACUACAUGGACAUUUCUACGGCUAUCAUACUUUUAUCAGUAUUUAUCCCUGUUCAAAACCAGGAUUUGGCAGGAAAGGCCCCCAUGUUUAUCAUAAAUGGGACCAAAAAUAAAGAAUGCAAGAGAUAGCAUCCCUUUUCUAAUUAAUACACAUAUACCCUUAAUAUAAACAAUGCUAAUUGAGAGAUUUUCUCAAAUUUAAAAAUUGGUUAGGGACCAUUUGUUUUGAACUUUUAGAAGAAAUUUGCCAUGAACUUUUUUGGAGGAAGAAUGACUUUCCAGUUCAGUUAUUGUUUUGGUUGGUUCUUAUUUGUGAAACAAAUCUUCAUUUACAGGUUUUGAGCAAGGCGCGUUAUUCGUGGGCACUUCAAAAGACGCUGUCAUUGAGAAAGACGGUAGUGGCUGUCGUCAGGAAUCAAACAGCUCCAUAGAAGGUUCUAACAUUGGUGAAGCGGAAAUAGCGGCCAACUUCUCCAAAAUCAGUCAAUCUCCUUCAUCUCCGACUGUUACAAAGGUGAACGAGAAAGCCGAAGAGAACGGCAGUACAUCAACCACUGCAGGUGGUGUUCUGACCAUCUUUCCAGAAGAGAAUGCUCAUAUCGAUUCUAUGGAGCCCAUGGGAGUGUCUAAGCCUAUUCAAGAUGGUCCGUCUUCGACAGACGUUAACACUCUAGUGCAUUUUGACUGCGCCGAUGGAAAGAAGAAUCCUGGGAGCUUGAGAUCGUCUCCAGGUGCGACAAAAUCUCAAGAAAAGAUUGAUUUGGCUGUUGAGCGUAAGAGUAGCAAGACGUCCACAGAUGGAACAAAAUCAUCUCGUACCCCGACAGCUUCUAGGUCGAGUGCAAAGAUUAGCAACUUGUCAGCCGAGGAUUCGGUAGAUGGUUUAUUUCCUUCACAGACUACAUGCUCAAACAGCAGGCCUUGCAGUAGUCGUUCCACUACAGAUACCUCUAUGAGAUUGAACCAUCGGAAAUCAGGUCAGAGGCCCUUGUCUGCUGCAAAAGUGCCAGAAAAAUCAAAGUCGAGUCAGAACAAGACACAUUCAAGCGCGAGGUCAUUUUCUGAUCCAAAGCUGUCUGAUGUAACAAAGUCACUAACACCAAGCAGAAAAUCAUAUCAUGGUGAGUCAUCCAGAGUGCAAAGUGCAGACAAAAAACGACAACUGACGCCGACGAAUAUAAGGGGCGAGUUGAAAUAUGACCAGGUUGGAAAAAUGAGCGGCUCUCAAGAAAUGAGCGGACGAAGCUCCUCAGCCACCUUGUCAAAGCGGUCAGUGAGCCGCAACUCCUCCAAAUCUGCAGGAACGACAUCCCCGACAUCCACUGCAGUUGUGAAGAAAGAACUGGAUAAGUCUAAGUCUGAUGACAAAAAACACCAAACGCCUUGUGAACAGAAAGGUGUGGUCAAGGCACAAUCUUCCUGUUAUGAACGAGCAGAAAAGGCCAAAUCAAAUGAUAAAGGGAGGAUUGAUGGGCAACAUAGCCAGAAUAGCCUAUCCACAAGCAGUCUGCCUAUAACAGAGGAUUUGGAAAAACGUCCAAAAAGCGGAAGAUCAAUCAGCAUGGGGAGUAAUGCGUCUAUUGUCAAGUCGGAGGAGCGCUUGAGUAACCCUCGAAAUUCAUCUUUAAAGAGUUCACUAAAUGGCAAAGGCACCUCUCCUUCACAAAAGACACGUGCGCGUUCUGCAAAAGAGAACUCUGGAAGUGCUCGCAGCCUAAGAGAGGCACCAGGAGAAUUUGAGGUGCUGGGUUCUUCGAAAACAUUGCAGUUUUCCUCUCCUUCGUACCCAGAGGUGCGAUCAAGGAACUCACGAAGUAAAACCUCUCUGAACAAGAUGGAAGUGUUAAACAAUGAUAAUGAACUAAAGAAGGAGACUUCGCUUAACCCAUCCUCGGGGAAGCUACGCAAAUGUUCACCCACUUAA